UUAGCGUAGCGUAAGACACUAGCAAUUGGUCCAAGCGCGGGAGACUCUCGCCGGCGUUCUCUCUGCGAAAGCCAACCUGAAAGCUGCCAACACACACAACAGCGCUUCAUCGCCUAGCCGUCACCUGGCCCGGGCCGCGUCAAGCACCGUCGGGCGGCACAAGAGCAUCACCAAGACUUCAGCUGCCCCUGUUUCUGCGCUUCAAGGCGUCAAAGUAAUGCGCGUCCUCCUCGCCGCCCUCGCCGCGACGGCUGGCGCGCGGCCGCCGGCACCACUAAAGUGGCGCGGCGGCUCCGUCGCGCCGCGGCCGCCGCCGCCGCCCCCGAAGACGCUCAAGCCGCCCAAUGAAGACACGACAACGCCUCUGGAGCGCCAGCUCCUCGAGAAGGUUAGGGUCUACGCAAGAGGAUUGGACGCCUACGUGAAGCCGGAAAAAGUAGUGAAGAAGGCGUUGGCCGGCGCCGCGGCGCUCGACUACGCGACCGUCGAGCAAACGCUGGCCGAGAACGCCGCCUACGCCGCGACGGAGCACCCGGACUACGGCCGCCUCGCCGCGCGCCUGGCCGUCGACCGCCUCCACGCCACGACGUCCUCGUCGUUCAAGGAGACGUUGUUAACCUUAGACGACGAGCCGAAUCCCACGACGGGCGAGCCCUGCCACAUCCUGGACGCGGGCUUCCGCGCCGCCCUCGAGAACGAUAAGUACUUCGUCGCGCAAGUCGAGGGGGCGAUCUCCGACGAGCGCGAUUUUGAUGGAUUUGACUAUUUUGGCUACAAGACGCUCGAGAAGUCUUACUUGCUGCGGCACCGCGGGGGCGUCCACGGGAACGGCAUCGCGGAGCGGCCCCAGCACCUGCUGAUGCGCGUUGCUUUAGGUAUUCACCGCGGUAUGUGAUACAGCGUCUGAACGCGCGAGCGAGAGGUAUCGAGAUCGACCGGCGCGGCGAUGGCGCCGUCGACGCGGGCACGUCGCCUUCGCGCAGAGAGACGCAAAGAAGAACGCGCAACGCGCAGAGAUGUCGCCGCGCGCCGAGAGACACGAAGAUGACACGACGCAAACGCAGGCUGGGAGAGCUCCGAGCAGUUGGAACGGGCCCUGGAGACCUACGACCUGAUGAGCCGGGGCCACUUCAUCCACGCGUCGCCGACGUUGUUCCACGCCGGCCUGAAGCGGGCCCAUUUAUCCUCGUGCUUUUUGCUCGGAUCGACGGACGAUUCCAUCGAGGGCAUCUACAAGGCGUUAGGUGAAUGCGCUCGAAUCUCGAAAGCGGCGGGCGGCAUCGGGCUGUCCGUCGCCGACGUGCGGGCCGCGGGCUCGAAGAUCAAGGGCACGGGCGGCGAGAGCAAUGGUUUGGUGCCCAUGCUGCGCGUCUUCGACGCGACGGCGAGGUACGUCGACCAGGGAGGAGGUAAAAGACCAGGAGCCUUCGCGGCCUACGUCGAGCCGUGGCACGCUGAUAUAUUUGAUGUGUUGGACCUCAAGAAGAACCACGGGAAGGAAGAGCGACGAGCGAGGGAUUUGUUUUAUGGGCUGUGGGUCCCCGACUUAUUUAUGAGACGCGUCCGAGAUGAUGCUGAAUGGGCGUUGAUGUGCCCGGACGAGUGCCCGGGUUUGACGGACGCGAUCGGCAACGCCUUCGACAACCUCUAUGAGACGUACGAGGCGCAGGGCAAGUUCAAGCGCAAAGUGAAAGCUCGGAAGCUCUGGCGGGCCAUCUUAGAUGCCCAGAUGGAGACCGGCACGCCGUACAUGCUUUAUAAGGACGCCUGCAACAAGAAGUCGAACCAGCAGCACCUCGGGCCGAUCAAGUGCUCGAACCUGUGCUGCGAGAUCGUCGAGUUCGCGAAUAAUGAUGAAAUUGCGGUCUGCAACCUGGCUUCCCUCGUAUUGCCGCGGUUCGUGAAGAAUAAUGAAGUGGACCUCGAGGGACUCAAGCAAACGGCAAAAGUCGUCGCUACCAAUUUAGAUGCGACGAUCGACCACGGGACCUACCCCAACGCCGCCGCUGAAAGGAGUAACUUGCGGCACCGGCCGAUCGGCAUCGGGGUCCAGGGCCUCGCGGAUCUAUACGCGUUGCUGCGGCUGCCCUUCGACUCGGAAGAAGCCCAGAAGCUGAACGUGGACAUCUUCGAAGCGAUAUAUGUCGGCGCAUUGGAAGCGUCGAUCGAGCUCGCGAAGAAGCACGGGCCGCACGACUCGUACGCGGGGUCGCCGGCGUCGCGCGGCGAGCUCCAGCCGGACUUGUGGGGUCUCGACGCGAAGGAGCUCGACGCGAAGUCGCGGUGGGACUGGGCCCAGUUAAGGGCCGAUCUCGCGCGCUAUGGAUUGCGGAACUCGUUGCUGACGGCGCCGAUGCCGACGGCGUCGACGGCGCAGAUCAUGGGCUGCAACGAGUGCUUCGAGCCGUACACGUCCAACCUCUACGCGCGGCGCGUCAAGGCCGGGGAGUUCGUGGUCGCGAACCGGCACCUCGUCAAGGACUUAUGUGAACUGGGUUUGUGGGACGAAAAUCUGAGGCGGGACCUGUUGCGGGCGCAGGGGUCGGUCCAGGGCCUGGCUAUUCCCGACGACUUGAAGGCUUUGUACAAGACGGCCUGGGAGCUCUCCCAAAAGUCGCUGCUGGACCUGAGCGCGGGCCGCGGGCCUUUUGUGGAUCAGUCGCAGUCCCUGAACUGUUUCAUCGCGGCGCCGGACUACGGCAAGCUCACGACCUUCCACUUCCGGGGCUGGGAGGCGGGCCUCAAGACGGGCAUGUACUACCUGCGGACGCGGCCCGCGGCGGACGCGAUCCAGUUCACGCUCGAGGCUUCCGCGCCCGGCGCCGCGGCGGCGGCGCCCACGACGAUCGACGACGGCCGCGGCGGCCACGUCGAGGCGUGCGUGUCGUGCUCCGGGUAAGGCACUUGUUUGAA